AUGAGUGUUGAAGCUUACAAAAUUGUUGAUGCUAAACCGGUUGAUUCAGGUUUAGAAAUUGCCGUUACAUGGGAAAAUGGAACCGUAUCCAAAUACCAUAAUAUAUGGUUACGUGACAACUGCCAUUGUGAAGAAUGCUAUUAUAUUGCCACGAAACAAAGGUUAUUGAACUCAUGCUCGAUUAAGUCUGAUAUAAAGGCAGCUUCUGUUGAUUCAGAUUCAAAGAACUUGCGAAUUGAAUGGAAUCAGGAUAGCCAUAAGAGUGAAUACGAAAGUUCUUGGUUGGCAUUGCAUUCGUACAACCCGAAACUUGUACCAAACCAAUUUAAGAUCAAAGGGGAACAGGAGGUCUUAAAACAGAGCUAUUGGAAAGUGAAGGAUAUUAAAGACAAUAUGCCUAGCGUGGAAUUUAGGGCCAUUAUGGACUCAAGCGACAGGACGGAUAAAGAAGACGCAAUUAAAGAUUGGUGCUUGAAAAUCUGGAAGUACGGAUUUUGUAUGAUUGACAACGUUCCAAUAAGCCCUGGAGAAACAGAAAAGCUUUGUGAGAAAAUCACUUACAUCAGACCUACUCAUUAUGGUGGUUUCUGGGACUUUACAAGCGAUUUAUCGAAGAAUGAUACUGCGUACACUAAUUUUGAUAUAUCGUCUCACACCGACGGUACUUACUGGAAUGACACUCCAGGGUUACAAUUAUUCCAUUUAUUGUACCAUGACGGAACUGGGGGUACUACCUCGUUAGUUGAUGCAUUUCAAUGUGCCAAAAUAUUGCAAAAGGAGCAUCCUGAAGAUUUUGAUUUGUUGACCAAGAUUCCAGUACCUGCCCAUUCAGCGGGGGAGGAAAAGGUUUGUAUCCAGCCGGAUAUCCCUCAGCCUAUAUUCAAGCUUGACAAUCAAGGUGAACUUGUCCAAGUUCGUUGGAAUCAGUCCGAUAGAUCGACGAUGGACAAUUGGUCGAACCCAGAAGAUGUUCCUAGGUUUUAUAAGGCCAUUGGUAAUUGGUACAAAAUUAUUACUGAUCCAGAAAACGAAAUAUUUUAUCAAUUAAGGCCAGGUCAAUGUUUGAUUUUUGAUAAUUGGAGAUGCUUUCACUCUAGAACUGAGUUUACAGGUAAACGUAGAAUGUGUGGUGCAUACAUAAACAGAGAUGAUUUCAUGUCACGGUUAAAGUUAUUAAACUUAGGAAGGAAGGCCGUUUUGGAUUCUAUUUAG